GGAAGAGGCGGCGGCGGCGGCAGGAGCGGCGGCUGCAACCGAGGAGGAGGCUCCAGACGCUGCUCAGGAACCGGAGACCCCGGAGCGCCCGCUCCCAGAGCGCUCAGCUCCGGAGGCGUCAUGGCCGAGUACGGGACCCUCCUCCAGGACCUGACCAACAACAUCACUCUUGAAGAUCUGGAACAGCUCAAAUCGGCUUGCAAGGAGGACAUUCCCAGUGAGAAGAGUGAGGAGAUCACUACUGGCAGUGCCUGGUUUAGCUUCCUGGAGAGCCACAACAAGCUGGACAAAGACAACCUCUCCUACAUUGAGCACAUCUUUGAGAUCUCUCGCCGUCCUGACCUACUUACCAUGGUGGUCGACUACAGAACCCGCGUGUUGAAGAUCUCUGAAGAAGAUGAGCUGGACACCAAGUUAACCCGUAUCCCCAGUGCCAAGAAAUACAAAGACAUUAUCCGGCAGCCCUCUGAAGAAGAGAUCAUCAAAUUGGCUCCCCCACCGAAGAAGGCCUGAGCAAGGGGGAGGAAGAGCAGGAAGGUUGGACCUUCAUCGGACCACUCCCUUCCCUCAUCCUCCAUGGGAAGGGGCAAGGACAACCCCCCCAUCUACCCACUUACUAACCUGGUCCUUAACCCCCUUACUGUGCGCGUGUGUGUGCGUGUGCGCACGCUCUGGCUGUUCGUCUUUAUGUCUAGCUCAUCUAGUUCCACCUCCUUGUGAGGGGAUGGGGGUCAGGGGCUCGCAAGGGUGUGGGUUGGGGCUUGGUUUCCCCAUGCUAGGGGGAGGUGGAGGCUAUUUCUAUGCAAAUAGAAAUUGGCACAUUCCUCCUGCUUCCCUUUCACUCACCCCUACCCCCCCCAUCUUUAAAAUGUGGAAGCAGAAAGUACCUGCAUUUUCCUACAUUGAGGAGCUGAGAUGGGGGUGAGAUGGAAGAGGUGGGUGGAGCAAAGGGCUGGUGAAGAUGCCACUAUCCCCCAUCUGGAAGGGGCAGAGCAGAGCUGGAGGUCUGUACUCCCAUGCUGGACUGGAGUCUGGCUUUGUGCUAUUCCCUCAGGCUGCAUGCCUAGGUGCCAGCAGGUCCGUUUUUGAGCCAUCCCAUAGGCCUAGAUGGGUCUGAGCUAGGGACCGGAUGAGAGGGGACCACCCUUGUCCCAAGGAUCACCCCACAGACAGCCAGCAGUAGCUGUGCCUGCCAACCUGUGCUCCGGAGAGGCUUUACUGAGAACAUGCACCACUGAGCCUGAGAUGGGACUGAGGGCAAAGAGAGGAAGGAGCCCCUUUUCCCCUCCUUAUUCUACUUAGACUGUUGCAUAAACUGACCCUGAGCCUGGGGAGGUUAGAGAAUGAGAUUCUCGUUGGACUUAUUCAGGUCCCAACUGCAGGCAACCUUUCCUUUUCUCUACUUGGUCUAGAACAUCCUAAGCCAGAAAAAAAAAAGUUAACAGUAUUUUCCUUUGCACUGAUCCCAAUUCAGUCUAGGAAGGAACAUGGUAAUCACCCUUCUCACUUGAUAUCCAGGCCUCCUGGGCUUCAGGAUGCUUCCUAGCCAAAUCACUAGAGUACAGUGAGUGACCCCAGCCUCCUGCCUGUCCCAAGAUGCCCUUCCUCACCCUGACCGUGCUAACUGUGUGUACAUAUAUAUUCUACAUAUAUGUAUAUUAAACCUGCACUGCCAUGUCUGCCCUGUUUGUGGUGUCUAGCAUUAACUUAUUUUCUAGGCCAGAGCAAGGGUGGGAGUGGAAUGCCAUGGUAAAAGGAGUAGCAGAGUCAAAAUUGUUGCAUAGUCUAAACAAAAAGUUUUUGUUUUUUCUUUAAAAAAAACAUUAAACUUAUAAGCAGUCUCAGAGGCUAUUUGGAGAAAGUUGAAGUUAGGAGCUUUUAGGAUGUGGGAGCAGUGGGGGUUGGGCUGGCUGUUGGAGAGGGAAGAAGCCAGACUGAUGACAGAGAACCUUCAACUACUAGCCUAGCCUGGUUGGCCUGUCCCCUCUGGCCAUUGCUACGGACACCUGCCUUAACACACACACCUUGAGGACUCCAGUUUUGCCUUAAAGGUUGUUUCAGUUUCCCCAGCCCUGUUUGGCUUCUUCCUUGAGAGAGACAGUUGUUGAAUUGAGAGGGGGAAAAUGAAUAUAGACUGUGCUUUCAUUCAGGAUAUGUUAUGUGUGUGAGAAGAGAGAGAAAAAGAAAGACUUCCUUAUGACAGAAAUGGGAGAAGAGAGACAGGGUUAUUUUUAGCAGAGUCUAGUAGUUCCUCCAUAAGGCAAAAUAAUCUCAAAAGACUAACCUGCCCUCCUUCAACCUUGUACUGCUGUGAGAUUUCCCUUCUCCUGCACUCCUCUGUCUGCAAUGUGCACGGCCUUGUUCUAACCCUGGAAUAAAGGUGACUGAUUGUACUGUA